AUGAAGGUGCUCGGCGGAAUGUUGCCUGGUGCGAGGGUAGUGCCGCGAGCGUCGCAGACCAUGGUCAUCGACUAUGCCAAAACGCGCCCGGAGCUCUUCAGGGGCUGGGCAUGCUUUCCCGACGACAUCGACAUCCACGAAUACCUGGAUGGCACCAAGCAUAUAGACAUGUCCGACAUGCUGGAGAAGCCGCCGGCGGGGCGCGGAAUCGUGCCCCCGGACUACGUGUGUCCGUUCGUACUGAUCCCGAACAACGAGGAGUGGGAGGACCUGCAAAAGCGCCCCAUGACGAGGCAGCUGUUGAACGCUCUACGAGAUGCCGGAUUUCUGGCGUCCUUUGAAAGCUGCCUUACCGCGCUGGCUGGUCCGCAAGUGGAUUGGGCUGCCGUUGAGGACCAGAGGAACCUGGAGGAAGCAUUGGACUCCGGCGUUGCUGACGCCACGCCUUCCACCACUGUGUCUCCCGGUCUUCACGGCCACAGCAUCUUCGACCUUACAUCUCCUAUGACGAACGAAUCCGGCAUAGUUGAUACUACAUCUCCCGCCACAGAAGACUACGGCAACGUUGAAACUACAGCAUUCGAAGCAGGCGGCCAGGACAUGGUUACUACUGUAUCUCCCGACACAGGUGGCUAUCGCGCCACCACUUCGAUGCUUAAUCAGUACAUCGACUCUUGUUGGGUUGACAAUACGCCUAAUUCUUCUUCCUCGUCACCUCUGUCUUCCCCACAGCCCUAG